CAAUCCGGCCGGGUACUGCCACGAUUCACAAGUUGUCCAACCCAAGGCCACCUUCUGCAGUCCGUUGCACUUCUUCUCUCUCUCUUUAGCCCCACCAUCUCCAGUCUCCAGGCUUCAGCCGCUGUGGAGAGCGAGAGAGGAGCGAUGGAGGGAGAGGAGGAAGCCAAGAAGCCGAAGGAGGAGGUGGAGGCGGAGAUAUCGCGGGCGAUGCGCGCUCGCGUGGGGGAUUUCAAGGAGCAGGCAGACUCCUUGACUCUUGAAGGUGUUAGACGAGCACUAGAGAAGGACUUAGGGAUGAAGACAUUUUCACUGGAUGUCCAUAAGAGGUUUAUAAAGCAAUGUUUGGAAGAGUACUUUUAUGGUGCUGAUGAUGAGAAUGCAUCCAAAAGCUCAGGAAAAGUCAGAACAGAACCUGCUCAAUCAGUGAAAGAAGAGAAGUCAGGUCAACCUGAAUAUCUUCAGUCAACAAUCGAACAAAAAAAUAACAGUUCCAGCCCUGCUGAAGAAACAGAAGGAUCUGCUUUGUUUGGAAAGAAAUCAACGGAUCAUGAGAUUGAAAAUAGUGACAGUGAUUUAAAUGAAGAGACCAUCAAGGAGGCAAUAAAAAAGAGGGCUUCUUAUUUUAGAGCUAAUUCUGAGCGUAUUACUUUACAACAAGUUCGUCGAUUGUUGGAGGAAGAUCUUAAACUUGCAAAGAAAACUUUGGAUGCAUACAAAAGUUUUAUCAGCAAAGAAUUAGAUAUGGUCCUGCAAUCACCCGAAAUUCUUAAAUCUGCAAAUGGUGUUAAGAAGAAACCUAAGAAAGCUUCUCGAGAUGUGGGUGAGAAAAGCCUGAGCAAAGUCUCUAAAAAGGCCCAUAGGAAAUCAGAUAACUCAGAGAGCAACAAUAUCCUCAGUGAGGAUGAUGAGGUUGAUGAAGAAAUAAGACCAAAAAAGAGGACAGCUGAAAAAAUUAAAGCUAGCUUGAAAAGUCCGAAAAGGCAGAAAAAAUCAAUGGAAGAUAAUAAAUCACCCGUUUCUAAGAAGAAAAAACCUGUGGAAGCAGACUUAGAAGACAAGAGUUCGGAAGAUGAGGGUGCAAAGUCCUCUGAGGAUGGCGAUUCUCACUCAUCUGCGGAAGAGGAAGUCAAGAAGAAACAAGAGAAGCCAACUCAAGUGUAUGGAAAACGAGUAGAGCACCUCAAGUCAAUAAUCAAAUCCUGUGGGAUGGGCGUUCCUCCAACGGUUUAUAGGAGGGCCAAACAGGCUCCUGAAAGCAAACGUGAAGCCUUCUUAAUAAAAGAGUUGGAGGAGAUUCUUCAAAAGGAAGGGCUAUCAACUAAUCCUUCUGAAAAAGAAAUUAAAGCAGUUAGAAAACGAAAAGAAAGAGCAAAAGAACUUGAAGGCAUUGACUUGAGCAACAUAGUGUCAAGUUCUCGUCGAAGAACUACAUCCAGUUACAUACCUCUACCAAAGCCUAAAAUAGAAGUUGAAAGUGAUGGAGAUGAAGAAGAUGAGGAAGACGAGGAUGAUGAGGAAAAUGAGGAAGGUUCAGAUGAUGGUGAUAAUGAUGGGGGAGAUUCAGGUGAAGGAUCUGAUGAAGAUGUUGAAGAUGAAAGUGAUUGAAGUGCUGCAACCUUUUCACAUUCUUCACAUGCUAUUGCUCUAGUGAAGGACUGUAUUACAAACUAUAGAUCCCAUCUGUUUCAUCCUUUAGCUAAGUAAAUGUAUAUUUCUAGGGGGACUUGUGGCGUUGAUAUGGUAGAGCUGAUCUUAUCUAUGAUCAAUGAGUUGAUUAGGAAAGUGACAAUCCUUCGACUGAACUCAUGUUUGUUGAGUGCAGUCUACGUUACAAUUUUGUGUGGUUUAAGAGAUUUUAACUUUAAGGUGAUUUGGAUUCUUCAGCAGAAAAUACCGUGGGCAUCUCCAGCCAUUUUAU